AUGGAGGAAGGUGUUGAGAAGCUAAACUUGCCAGCUAGGACACAGAUUAUUUCGGCAAUAGAAAUAACCCUAGCUGUUGUCUUUACGGUGUUUGCACUUUUCGGAAACACGCUGAUCAUCGUAGCGUUUUGUAAACACAAGACGCUAAGAACUAUUCCGAAUUUGCUGGUGUUGAAUUUAUCAAUUGUUGAUAUCUUAGCUGCUUUAACUGGUCAUCCUCUGCUAGUGGCCGUGCUCAUUCGAGGAGCCUGGUUUCUAGGGCCCAAUGUUUGCAAAUACCAAGCGAUUUUAACGUCUUCUCUCUUCAUUACCUCGCAUCUAAGUAUCACACUGAUAACUCUUAACCGUUAUUUCAUCAUCGUUCAUUACAAGAAGCACCCUGUUGUCUUCGCUAAGCGAUCCACUUGCACAUUUAUUCUGGCGACCUGGGUUCUUUCGUUCGGUUUUGUGCUGUCGCUUUCCUUAAUGGCGAAAGAAAACUUCAGAUUUCAUGCCGAAGAAGCCCUUUGUAUUAUUGCAAGAGAGAGUGCUUGGAGAGCUUUACUUAUGGUUGCGUUCGGAAACAUUACUUUUUUGGCAACGAUCAGUUUCAAUGCUGCCAUUUUCAAAUCAGUUUACUUGCAUCGUAGAAAAAUUAGUUUCAAAUUGGAAGCUCAUCGGACCGAGCAGCAGGAAGAAGGCAGCAGGUGCUCGAGAAGAAGACGUAACAGAAUCUCAAUCAGAAAAGAAGAAGUGUACGUCACGAAGAAACUUUUCAUCGUCACAAGUUUAUAUGCUCUAUGUUGGCUACCUCAAGGGAUACUAAAAAACGCAGGUCUGCUGGGAUCUUUAGAUUUUCCGCGUGAAAUAUGGAUGAUUUCUACGUUUUCUUUCCAGUUGACCUCACUUUUUAACCCAUUACUGUACGGAUUGCUCAACAGAAAAUUGAGAAAAGUCGUACUGUACAUGCUGUGGAUAAAGCCAAACAGGAGAGAUGUCUUGUCUUUUCCCGUUACGGCAACAAACGUUCGCGAUCGCACCCGUACUGUGGUCACUGCUCAAAUAACAUCGAAGAACCCGUUUACCGUU